CGAUCAGCAGCCGAACAACAACAAGGAGCCGCCAGCCCACCAGCCGAUCUCGCCCGCGUGUGUCUGUGUAGGUGCUUCUGGCGUGCGUGUCCGCUGUUCGAGUGCAACGGCUUGCAACGACGACGGAGUGCAGACGAGUGGUGAUAGUAAAAGGCAACGAUCGACGACGAGGACCGGUCUGGAAGCGCGAGUGAACGAACCCGUCAGGCGCUACCGAGAGCCGCACCAGUGCCAAUAAUGACCACUUUGUCACAUCCGUUCAAAGACAGUCCGGAGCCGCUGGAAGUGCCCAAGCAGUACGCCGCCGACGUGGACACACUCUACGACUGGUCAAAGGCCCAGCCACGGUUUCCCGGUUUCUCCAAGAACCAUGCCCACCUCUUUCUGCACGCGUGCCUCUGGGACGUGGACGACGCGAAGAAGGCGAUGCAGAAGUACGCCCAGAUCCACGCCAACUCGCCGGAGAUAUUCGACAACCGGGACAUCAUGGGGGCCGGAGUGCAGAUGACGCUGAACGCCACUCACAUGGUUGCCCUGCCACGGCCGACACCGGAAGGGUACCGGCUGCUGUACUACCGGCUGUCCGACACCGACCCGUCCAAGAUGAACUUUGCCGAGGCCGUCAAGUCGUUCUGCAUGUUCAACGACGCCCAGAUCAGCGUGGACGGCAUCGUCGAGGGCUACAUCGUCAUCUUCGACAUGAAGGGUGUCCGGCUGGGGCACCUGGCGCGCGUCCAGUUCGGGCCGCUCCGUGUCUUCAUGAGCUACAUCCAGGACGCGCACCCGGUGCGCCUGAAGAAAAUCUACAUCGUGCACACCGCGUCCUUCAUCAACCAGGUGAUGGCGCUGGUGAAGCCGCUGAUCCGGUCGGAGUUGCUGGGGCUGCUGCAGUUCACGGCGGCCGGCCCGGAGGAGAUCGUCGGGGUCGACUACCUGCCGAAGGACUUUGGCGGACCGUUCGACGAGGUGGCCACGAUGCACGCGGACCAGAAGCGGCGCCUGGAGACGGAGUACCGCGACUGGCUGAUGGAUUCGAGCGUCCUCAAGGAGGCACCGAAGCAGAAGAAUGGCGGUGGGCCGGCCAGCUCGAACGCCGCCAUCAAGCCACCGGUGAAAGCGUUCCGCGGACUGGAGAUUGAUUAGCGAUAGGUCGGAAUAGGUCUUCUCGCCGCACAACCAAUCGCAGCGACCGCAACGGAAGGGAGUCCUUCAAGUUAUCAUCACGCAACUAGGUUAUCAGCAACUGAUUCCCUUCAGUGGUUCCCCUCGGUUCCCCUCCGCGGGAGUUUCCGCAAAGGAUCGACCGGAAGUGACCGAGGGAGCGAAGAUUUUGUGUUUUGACAACUGAUUUUUGCGGGCGCAUUCUUCAAUGGCUUUGUUUCAAAUGUUUGUGUUUUAUUCGUCUACAUCUCCACGCUCCUUAUCGUAAGGCCGAUUGUGUGUGUGUGUCUGUGUGUGUGUUAUCUGUGUGUGUGCGUGCUUGUUCGCUGCGUCAACGCGGCGGCGGACCCGGAACCACGUUCUAGUUGGAAAAUGUAAAUAAAGGC